CCUGGCCUGGGGCUGAUGGAAGUUGGAGGCCCGUAUGACGUCGGCGCGCACGCUGCGCCAGCUUCUACAGCGGGCCGUUGCCUUUUCCCGCUUUGCCGCCUGGAGCCCAGCGCGCGAAGGGUUACGGCCGUAACGUCUCCCGGCUUCCCCCUCGCUUCCGCUCAGCGCCUGUCGGCUCAGCCAAUCGGGUGGCGUGUCCGCCGGAAGGGAGGCAGGCGCGUCGUCGGCGUCCUCGCGGGCAGGCAGGCAGGCAGGCUGGAGCUGGGCUGGGCUGGCGUCAUGAGCGGCGGCGUUGGCGGCGGGAUGUCGGCGGAGCAACAGCUCCAGCAGCGGCUCCUCCGCAGCCGCCUGAGGGGCGCUCAGCACCCGGGCCUGGCGGUGGGCGGCCCGCUGGCGCCGCCGCCGCCGCUCUUGCCUCCGCUGCCGUCCGUCCUGUCUCCGCCGUCGCCGCCGGACUCGCCUCCGCCCGGCACGACCCCGGCCGAGAUCCCGGCGGGCCCGCGCUGCCCCAGCGAGACGUGGUGCUCGCUGUGCCGCGUCUACUGCCCGGACCCGGUGUGCCUGCCGUGCGGCCACAACUUCUGCACGGCCUGCAUCGGGCAGCGCCUGGGCGAGCCCAAGAUCAACAUCUCCUGCCUGGAGUGCGGCGCCACCGCCCGCAAGAGGAACCUGAGGCCCAUCAAGCCGCCGCCGCUCCUGGCCAGCCUGGUGGCGGACAGGCCCAAGAGGCAGAGGCUCGACUCCGGGCCCGGAGGGGCAGUCGCGCUGCCGGCGGCGCCCGUGGUGGUAGCGCCGCCGCCGCUGCCCCAGCAGCACCAGCCGAUGACAGUGGCCCCCGCGGUGUCUCCGGCGCCGGUAUGCGCACCGGCACCACCACCACCGGCAGCAGCAGCAGCAGCGCCUCCGCCGCCCCCGCCGCUGCUGGCCUUAACGCCGCCCACCCCGCCGUCUCCCGUAGCGCCAGCGGCUCCUGCAGCACCGGCGGCAGACUUGUCGACGUCGCCCCCGCUGCCGAGAAGGUUGUCGGUAGGAGGAUGCGGAGAGGGCGCCGGAGGGAAGCUGUGCGAGAAGCACCGGGACGUGCUGCAGUUCUUCUGCGAGGAGGACCAGGCGCCCAUCUGCGCGCACUGCGAUCGGUCCCAGGAGCACCGGGCGCACGCCGUCUUCCACGUCGAGAGGGCAGCCCGGGACUACAGGGAGAGGGUUCUGGCCCAACUAGAGAUCCUGAAGCAGGAGAAGAACACGCUGUGGAGCCAGAAGCUGACUGGAGAGAGGAAAAUUCAGGAUUACAUGGAAACCAUCCAAGCAGAGAGACAGGAGAUCAUAUCUGAAUUUGAGCGCCUCCACCAGUUUCUCAAAGAUGAGGAGCAGCACCUCCUCGCCCAGCUAGAAGAGCUCGAUAAAGAGAUAGAGAAGCGGAAGGACGAAAUGGUUACCAAACUCUCGGAAGAGCUUUCCCGUCUCGGCGACGUGAUCGCUGAGAUGGAGGUGAAAUGUAAGCAACCGGCAGCCGAAUUUUUGCAGAUGUACUUCCAGGUCCCUCAGCCUGACCUGAAGGCUGUUGAGAAGCUGGCCUGGAUGACCUCAUUCCUUCAGGUUCAUGUCGGGACACAUCGGGUAUGGCUGCCAUGCAGACCUCUAAGAAACAGUUGCAGCACCAGGGAGACCACCGUGCCGCGAAGGCUCCCGUGUGUAACCAGAGCACCCCCCACCUCUCCUGUCUUGGAGCUAACACCAGAUGUGCCACCUCUAGGAUCCCAGGACAUUAAAAAAACAAUGAGCAGGUGUGCACCAGGGCAUUUCCAGCCAUCCGAAGAAGCUUCUCCUAAGCUCGAAGAGAGGCUGGAUAACUUCUCACGGAAAGGGAAGCUUCUGAAGGAAACUCUAAAUAGAUUCCAAGAUAAUGUGACAUCUGUCGUGGAGAAAGGAGAGACUGUGAAAACACUGAACGAUAAAGCAGAUGCUGCUCUCUAUCCGGAUGUACCAAGUGCUUUUCUACCAUUGGACCGAAGGAACGCAGGAUGCGAAGAACUCCAGGAGAGGCUUCCCGCCUUAGACUACGUCCCCGACGCACCCAAAAGAUUGGAUUCCAGAGCUUUGGUUCUGGGCUGUGACGGGUUUACCUCUGGGAGAUACUUCUGGGAGUUGGAAGUGGGCGAUGGGGAAUUCUGGGCCGUCGGGGUCACCCGAGACCCGUCCAAGAAGAAGGGCAUGAUGGGCUUCAGCCCAGAGGAGGGGAUCUGGGCCGUGGGGUUGUGGAAGGGCCAACACUGGGCUCUCACGUCCCCUGUGACCGCCCUGUCCUUGAGCAAGCCCCCAAGGAGGAUCCGAGUGUCCCUGGACUACGUGGGGGAGUGUGUGACCUUUACGGAUGCGGACACCGACAGCCCCAUAUUCACGUUCCCACCGGCCUCUUUUAAUGGGGCGCGUACCCACCCCUUGCUGUGGGUGGUGGGGUUCCCCGCUCAUUCUGUGUUUCUGAGGCACAUGGGAGUGAAAUACCCAGCCGGGGUCCAUGAGAUGGAUAUCCUGAGUCCAUGAUUUUAACCUCUUUCCAUGGACCCUAUGUAAGAGGGGGGCGGGGAGAUGUCUAACUGGCCAAAGCAGAGAACCAAGCUCUUUGGGAGCAAGAAAGUUUGUGUGUUUUACCUCUGUGUGAUCUUUGGAGAAUAGGAGGAGGUGGCAGAACUGUUCUCCUUGCAACAAGGCCUUACGAUGUUGCCUAUGGAAUAGCACAAGGACUGUGAAUGAAGAAGACUGUAGGCCUUGAAAAAUAGUAUCGCUGUUAGGACAUCCUUCAUUAUACAAAGGAUUGUCAAGACUCCUAUUCCUAGUGGUAGGUUCAAGCUUGUUCAGUUUGUGGGGAGGAACUUGCAGAUAUUAAAAAUGGAAAUUUUAA